CCUGUAACUGAAUCAUACUGUAUUAUACUGCAACUAAGCAAUUAAUAGUGGGACCCCCUCCUCUCUCUCACACUCCGAGAGAGAGAGAUGCACAAGUCAUCUCUGGGUUGUUGAGAUAAAAGACUUUGCAGUUUCAACACUUACACAAUCAAACGUGUGCUUAUCUCUUGUAUGAAACUGAUGGACAAUGGAAGUGACCCCACUUGGGAAGCAAAAUGAUAAAUGACCAAAUCAAGUCUCUUUCACUCCACCAUUGGUGAUCAAAAAGAUCUCGAGGCUCUGAAAUGGCAAGUGUGUCGGAAAGGGAUGGAGAUGGCGAUACUAUGGGCAGUAUGUGGGAUCUUGGACAGAAGCUUGAUCAGCCCAUGGAUGAGGAGGCUGGAAGGCUUAAGAAUAUGUACCGAGAAAAAAAAUUUUCAGCACUACUGCUUCUGCGACUGGCGUUUCAGAGUCUUGGAGUAGUCUAUGGUGAUUUGGGAACUUCUCCACUAUAUGUGUUCUACAAUACUUUUCCACACGGAAUCGGUGAUACAGAGGAUGUCAUUGGAGCCUUGUCUUUAAUUAUAUACUCCCUCACGCUUAUCCCGCUUUUGAAGUAUGUUUUCUUAGUGUGCAGGGCUAAUGACAAUGGUCAAGGAGGAACCUUUGCACUUUACUCCCUACUAUGUCGACAUGCCAAAGUAAACACAAUACCGAAUCAACACCGGACAGACGAGGAGCUGACAACUUAUAGUCGUAGCAUUUUCCCUGAAAAUUCAUUUGCUGCAAAAACCAAAAGAUGGUUGGAGGCUCAUGCAUUUAGGAAGAAUAUGCUUCUUCUACUUGUCCUUGUUGGCACUUGCAUGGUAAUAGGCGAUGGAAUUCUCACUCCUGCUAUAUCUGUUCUCUCGGCUUCUGGAGGGAUCAAGGUGGACCACCCGAAGAUGAGUAACGAUGUAGUUGUAAUAGUGGCUGUUGUCAUACUAGUUGGCCUUUUUAGCAUGCAACACUAUGGGACAGAUAAAGUUGGGUGGCUGUUUGCUCCAAUUGUGCUGCUUUGGUUUCUUUUAAUUGGAGGCAUCGGCGUAUUCAACAUUUUCAAAUACGACAGGAAUGUUCUGAGAGCUUUCUCACCUAUUCACAUAUUUCGGUACUUUAAAAGAGGAGGAAGAUCGAGCUGGAACUCUCUUGGUGGGAUAAUGCUGAGCAUUACAGGCACCGAAGCGCUGUUUGCUGACCUUGCUCACUUUCCAGUUUCAGCAAUACAACUGGCUUUUACAACAGUCGUGUUUCCUUGCCUUCUGUUAGCCUACUCUGGACAAGCGGCUUAUCUAAUGGAAAACAAAGAACAUGUCAGUGAUGCCUUCUAUCGUUCUAUUCCAGACAGUAUGUACUGGCCUAUGUUUAUAGUUGCUACUUUAGCUGCUAUUGUUGCAAGUCAGGCCACAAUCUCCGCUACAUUCUCAAUUAUUAAGCAGGCUCUUGCACUUGGCUGUUUCCCUAGAGUCAAGGUUGUGCAUACAUCAAAAAAGUUUCUUGGACAGAUAUACAUUCCAGAUAUUAAUUGGAUCCUGAUGAUUCUUUGCAUUGCUGUUACAGCUGGAUUCCAAAAUCAAAGUCAAAUCGGGAAUGCCUAUGGAACGGCAGUUGUAAUUGUCAUGCUGGCCACUACAUUUCUCAUGACUUUAAUUAUGUUAUUAGUAUGGCGUUGCCACUGGAUUCUUGUCCUUAUAUUCACAGUGUCUUCUCUGCUGGUGGAGUUGACCUACUUCUCAGCUGUACUUUUAAAAGUUGAUCAGGGGGGUUGGGUUCCGCUCGUGAUUGCAGCAGCCUUCCUUUUGGUGAUGCAUGUCUGGCAUUAUGGUACAGUAAAACGUUAUGAGUUUGAGAUGCACAGUAAAGUUUCGAUGGCAUGGAUUCUUGGUCUUGGUCCCAGUUUAGGAUUGGUUCGUGUCCCUGGAAUUGGACUUGUAUACACAGAGUUAGCGAGUGGGGUGCCUCACAUUUUUUCACAUUUGAUCACAAACUUGCCAGCAAUCCAUUCUGUCGUCAUUUUUGUAUGUGUGAAAUAUCUUCCUGUCUACACAGUCCCUGAAGAUGAGAGAUAUCUUAUAAAACGGAUUGGACCCAAGAGUUUUCACAUGUUCCGCUGUGUUGCAAGAUAUGGAUACAAGGACCUACACAAGAAGGAUGAUGAAUUCGAGAAAAAACUCUUCGAUAACCUUUUUUUGUUUGUUCGGCUAGAGUCUAUGAUGGAAGGGAGCUCAGACUCUGAUGAGUAUAGCUUAUAUGGCCAGCAAACACACCAGUCUAGAAGCUUCCUCGUAGCUGAUAAUGCAAAGUCCAGUCCCUCCAACGUCGACCUCACAAUUUCUUCAGUAGACUCGAUUGUUCCCGUCACAAGCAUGUCAUCCGGACAUGCAAGCAGUCAGGCGGAGGUUGAUGAAACGUUGUUCCUUAUUAGCUGUAGAGAUGCAGGGGUGGUGCACAUACUCGGGAACACAGUGGUGAGAGCACGGAGAAAUUCUGGGAUCCCGAAAAAUAUAGCUAUUGAUUAUAUAUAUGCAUUUCUUAGAAAAAUAUGUAGAGAGAACAGUGCGAUCUUCAAUGUUCCCCAUGAAAGUCUACUGAAUGUUGGACAAAUUUUCUAUGUAUAAAUUCUUUGACAAACAGUUCAAUAAAAACGAGUAUUUGUCUA